CCUUUCCGAGGAGCGUGGAGGAGCGAGGAAGUGAGUACACCAUGAAAAGAAGGGGACGAAAGGCGGAGAAAGGCGGAGAGCAGCAAUGACGGAAAGGCAGUAGAGAGAGACGGAGAGGUGGGGGGAAAGAUUGUGUGUGAGUGAGAGAGAGAGAGAGAGCGAAGGCAAGGGAGGAAAGCGUGGACAGAAGCAAAACCGCAGCGAUAUGCAGAAUUUUCGCAGCGCCAUUGGUUCGGCAGCCCGCCGUGAGGCUGGGGCGUGAUUUCAGCACCAAGGGGAACUGGACAGCACCCAAAGGGCUUCUUCCGGCCACCCGGCGUCGACCACAGCAGCAGCGGCGAAGGGCCGGCUUUGCGCGCUCCAGAGAGAGAGAGAGAGAGAGAAAGAGAGGGAGGCAAGGUCAGUCCGAAGCCAAGCCAUGCGCCCGGCCAGCGAUCUUCUCCCACCUCCGUCCCUCCAGCCCUGCCACCCUCCUGCGGAUGCAGCAGCGGCCUCUUCUCCCGCCGAUUCCUAGCGAGACCGUCCCUUAAAGCCCAGCAGCUCGAGGAGAUCGACUUUGCUUCGGUGGGGGUGGGGUGGGGGUUGCUUUGGGGUCGGGGGGACGACGACGACGACGACGAAGAAGGGGGGAAGCCACCGAAGGGGAGUUGAUGAAGCGGGAGGGGGAUUCAACUUUUCUCCUCGUCCUUCUUUUUUUUCCUCUCCUUCUUCUUCUUCUGUUUUCCCCGGGUGUAUCUGGAGACUUUGUGGAUAUGAUCCCUGACUGGAGUCCGGGCUGUUGCAGUAUUUGCGGGGGGAGAGAGAGCUGAAAAAAAAAAGGCGAGCGAACCCGUGCCACUCAACCUCUCCCCCCUCACUGCAUUCCCCUUUCGCCAAGACAACUGUGUAUUUUUUUCUUUUAAAAAAACUUCUAUCUUUUUUCCUUUUUUGCCUCUCCCAUCACCACCACCAAACCUUUCCUCCCCCCCUCCCCCCCCUCUAAUUUUGACGAUGGUUCGGACAUUCCGUGCCUGGAAGAAACUUGACUGGGCUCCAGCUUGAGAAGAAGCCUUUUUUUUUUCGCCUUGUAGUUUUUUUUUUUUUCCCCCUCUGUGCGUUUCAGCUCGGGAAUGACUCGCUGGGUGUAAAAAUGCUGCUUUGGAUCCUCUUGCUGGAGACGUCUCUUUGUUUGGCUGCCGGGAACGUUACGGGGGACGUUUGCAAAGAGAAGAUCUGCUCGUGCCCCGAGAUCGAAGGCGACUUGCACGUCGACUGCGAGAAGAAGGGCUUCACCAGCCUGCAGCGUUUCUCGGCCCCCACGUCCCAGUUCUACCAUUUGUUCCUGCACGGCAAUUCCCUCACGCGCCUUUUCCCCAAUGAGUUCGCUAACUUUUACAAUGCAGUCAGUUUGCACAUGGAAAACAACGGCUUGCACGAAAUUGUGCCGGGAGCUUUCCUGGGGCUGCAGUUGGUGAAGAGGCUGCACAUCAACAACAACAAGCUGAAGUCUUUUCGCAAGCAGACUUUCUUGGGGCUGGAUGAUCUGGAAUACCUCCAGGCUGAUUUUAAUUUAUUGAGGGAUAUUGACCAAGGAGCCUUCCGGGACUUAAACAAGCUGGAGGUGCUGAUUUUGAACGACAAUCUGAUCAGCAUCUUACCUGCCAACGUGUUCCAGUAUGUGCCGAUUACCCAUUUGGAUCUACGAGGUAACCGCCUGAAAACCUUGCCUUACGAGGAUGUUUUGGAACAGAUCCCAGGCAUUGCUGAGAUCCUGCUGGAGGACAACCCUUGGGACUGUACCUGCGAUCUACUCUCCUUGAAAGAAUGGCUGGAGAACAUCCCCAAAAAUGCUUUGAUCGGCCGGGUGAUUUGUGAAGCUCCCACACGUUUGCAGGGGAAGGAUUUAAACGAGACAACCGAACAGGAGUUGUGCAGGAAAACCCGGGUAGAUUCCAGCCUUGCAGCUCCCCCUGCAGAAGAGGAGACUUGUGAUCCUGGCCCCAUUCCCACUCCUUUUAAGAUCCAUGGCAAGGAAGAUGCUGCCACGCCAGGUUCUGCCCCUCAUGGAGGUACCAAGAUCCCAGUCAAUUGGCAAAUCAAAUCCAGACCUACAGUGGCCAGCUCAAUCCACACCAUGAAAGGCAAGUCUUCCAGCAGCACUCCCUGCCCUGCCACCUGCACUUGCCACCAGAUCCCUGGAGGGUUCAAGGUAAACUGCAAUGAUGGCAACAUCAGCAGCCUGGUGGACCUGAAGCCUAAGCCAUCCAACCUCCAUGAACUCUUCCUAAGGGGCAACAAGAUUCACACCAUUCGCAAGUCCCAUUUUGUGGAUUAUCAGAAACUCAACCUAUUGGACUUGGGCAACAACAACAUUGCCACUAUGGAAAACAAUACUUUCAAAAACCUGCUGGAGCUGGUGUGGCUCUACAUGGACAAUAAUUAUUUAGACAUACUCUCUCGAGAGAAGUUCAACGGUUUGCAAAACCUAGAGUACCUAAAUAUGGAAUUUAAUGUCAUCCAACUCAUCCAGCCAGGGACCUUUAAUGCCAUGCCUAAACUGAGAGUACUGAUUUUGAACAACAAUCUUCUGAGGUCUCUGCCAGUUGAUGUUUUUGCUGGAGUCUCCCUCUCUAAGCUCAGCAUCCACAACAAUUACUUCCUUUAUCUGCCGGUGGCAGGAGUGCUGGAUCAGCUCACCUCCAUUACCCAAAUAGAUCUGCAUGACAACCCAUGGGACUGCAAAUGUCCAAUUGUCCCUUUCAAACAAUGGGUGGAGAUGCUGAGGCCAAAGGUGAUGAUGAGUGACUUAAGGUGUGAGACCCCAGAAGAGUUCUUUAAGGAGGACUUUGAAUCUCUGUCCAAUGAGGCCAUUUGCCCUCAGCUCAAAGUCAUGCCCACUUUGACUUCCACCCAUAAGAACAGCACUGGCUUGGCAGAGACUGGGACUCACUCUAAUUCCUACUUGGAGACUAGUAGGGUCUCCAUCUCAGUGCUGGUGCCUGGCCUUUUGUUGGUGUUUGUCACCUCUGCCUUCACCGUGGUUGGCAUGCUCGUCUUCAUCCUGAGGAACCGGAAACGCUCCAAAAGGAGGGAUGCCAACUCUUCUGCCUCAGAGAUCAACUCUUUACAGACAGUAUGUGACUCCUCCUACUGGCACAAUGGACCCUAUAGUACAGAUGGAGCCCACAGAGUGUAUGACUGCGGUUCUCACUCCCUAUCAGACUGAGACUACAAAAUUCAAAGUUU